AGCAGUCCGGUUAAAGAAGCUUGUGAGUGGAUAGUCAGCCUGAGAGGACAGACCCGGGGGUGAAGCCAGUGAAGCCGUCCUCCUCGCUACAUCAGACACUGUACCACCAUGUCCAAACCGAAGUUUCAGACGGAGUGGGAGGAAAUUGACGAGGAAUAUCAGCAGUUACAGGAAACUCACAAAAUAUACAGACAAAAACUUGAGGAGCUCACCAAUCUUCAGGCGACGUGCAGCAGCGCCAUCAGUAAGCAGAGAAAAUGUUUAAAGGACCUGAGGCACAGCUUGACCAAGUGUUCUAAAACAUGUGACGAGAAAGAACUGAACCUGAUAAUGGACAUCAAAACACAAAUCAAAGAUAAAGAAAAUGUGUUCUUUGACAUGGAAGCAUAUUUGCCAAAGAAAAACGGGCUGUACCUGAGUUUGGUUUUGGGAAAUGUGAACGUAACGCUUCUCAGCAACCAGGCAAAAUUUGCCUACAAAGACGAGUAUGAGAAGUUCAAGCUUUAUAUGACAAUAAUCCUGAUGUUUGGAGCAAUAACCUGCCUCUUCUUUCUCAACUGUCGAGUCACUGAUGAAAUUUUCAACUUUUUGCUGGUGUGGUACUACUGCACAUUGACCAUAAGGGAAAGCAUCCUCAUGAGCAACGGCUCCAGGAUCAAAGGUUGGUGGGUAUCUCACCAUUAUGUGUCCACCUUUCUGUCAGGUGUGAUGCUCACCUGGCCAGAGGGGCCCAUGUAUCAGAUGUUUAGAAGCCAGUUCCUCGCGUUCUCCAUCUAUCAGAGCUUUGUCCAGUUCCUCCAGUAUUACUACCAGAGCGGCUGCUUAUACAGGCUGCGAGCUCUGGGAGAGAGGAAUCAGCUGGACCUCACAGUGGAGGGAUUUCAGUCCUGGAUGUGGAGAGGCCUCACUUUUCUUUUGCCAUUCCUCUUUUUUGGCCACUUUUGGCAGCUCUACAACUCAGUGACCCUGUUUCGCCUGGGAAGGCUUGAGGACUGUAAGGAGUGGCAGGUAUUCAUGCUGGCGCUGACAUUUCUCGUCCUAUUCCUGGGAAAUUUUCUCACCACCUUGAAAGUCGUCCACCAAAAAGUUCAGAAAAACCAGGAGAAGGUGCAGAAAAAUGACUGAAACAAAAAACCCACCUCAGAUUCCUACAAAUGGCCAGUAAUUCUGAAGCAACACGCACAAUCGCUUGAUAGACUGACCACAGUGCAAACAGGCCGUGAGGAGACAGAGCUGAAACCACUGUUUCUCUCAGGCUUUGAUGGCAGCAGCAGCAGCAUCCAGCCAAAGUACCUGGCCAACAGGCUUCUGCUUUCCAGUGACUCGUCGUCAUCGAUGUUGCCGCACAGUCGGUCACAACACAAAGUGGUGUUCACCUGACAGACGAACAGUUUGUCGCUUUAUCCUGUACAUAAAAAAAGUGAGUGGGGAGAAUGUGUGUGUUUACUUGGGUGUUUGUGUCAGCGCAUGAAUCCGUCAAAGAGACUUUUGUUCAAAUCAUAUGCAACUAAAAGAGGGCAGGUAGCAUCAGUCGACAGAACAGAAUACAGUUUGCCUUUGAAGACCUAACGUCUGUCACGUACUUCAUACUUCUGUGAAGUAGCACCGGUCAAAUUCUCUGGCUUGAACAAAAUCGGAAAACUUGGCACUGCGCUUCGAAUUAUCUAACUUUUUAUGUGUAGUUCUGAACUCCCUGUUGUGCUAUCUCACUGCUAACCAGUACUUUUUACUAAUCAUGACAAAUGUAGGUCAAAAACACACACACACACACACACACACACACACACACACACACACCUGAUACUUGACUGCCCUUCAAUUUCAGAAACUAAUCUCCCUCUGGUGUCUUUUCUUUGAGUCUGCUUUUUGUUGUAAGGACUACAAGGGAAUGUGACACUGUUUCUCCCUUCAGGCAGCGAUUACAAAAGCCAUAACUGAUUUUUUUUUUUUUUUUUUUUAACGAUCUAACGCCUAAAGUUGGUGAUCCGGCUAAGUCACAUGAACACAAACAUUAAACUUGUACUGUCUCUACAAGAAAGGUUGUUCCCUGUGAAUGUUAGAGUGGGUUUUCACGAGAACUCCCUAUCAGUCACACUUUUAUGUUCUCAUAAACAUCAUGCUAACACACUGUCGUAGGUUUAUCAUAUAUCACUAACACUCAAACUCUUGCUUCACGCUUAUUUACGAGUAGAGUUUUAAAUUCAGUUUAACACUUGAAGUCAGAGCGCAGAGAUUUAUCAUCACUGUGCUGAAACAGACGACACGCUGCUCGUCCCCAUCUCGUAAUGUGACAUUUCAGAAAUGUAUUAUGAUCAAAUGCUGCUAUUAGCACUGGUACUGUAAGACUGAGAUGCAUAAGGGUGAUUAAAAAUGUGCUGCGUCAUUGUUUUUCUAAUUCAAAUUAACAUGCUAAAUGAAAUAUUUGUAUGAAUUCAUGGCCAAAUCAGGAGCUUUUGGUGUAGUUCACUGCAGUUGGGGAUGGAAAUUGACAAAAUUUUAUGGAUACCAGUGCCAUUAUUGACUCUGCCUAUCUGUCGGAUUCUUAAUUGAUUCCCUUAUUGAUGCUUGAUCAGUUUUCUGUGUGGAAAAAAAAACAGGCCUUCACACAUUUUCAGCGUCAACGCAACUGCUAAAGUAUCUCUAAGUCUGAACACAGUGUGGAAACAGUAGAAAAAAGGCAUGUGUGUGAAAUGAAGCCACACUUUGGGCCUUCAUGUUGCAAAUUUCCAGCAACAUAGACGCAUUAAUUUGACUUUGUUUGCAAUUUGCAACUGUUAACAGAGCUGGUUCUCAAUUCCCAUCCCUAACUGUAGUGUCGUCUGGUUCCUGUGUGAUGCUUUCAAAGUAGGGUCCAUUUGUGUUUUCAGGAAGAGUUCACAUGGGUUCCAACAGUUGUAGUACUAGUAGUGGUGGUGUCUGGUCUCUUAUGCCUUAUUCUCCCUCCAGCCUGUCACAGCAAAAAAAAAAGA